UCACAGUCAUAGCAGCUUGCAAGACACACCAGCAGCUCUCCGGGUGUAGCGAACUCAUUUCCCGUCUACAAAGGGUAUAGCCGUCUGCCAUAGGGACCAUGUCUAGCAAACCGUCCGCCAAAACCGCGGCCAAGACGGAAAUGACAUCACCCACGUCUCAGGCCACCAACACCACCAAGAAGGUGGAGACUACCCCGCAGCCCAGCUUCACGGCCAAAACGCAGCCCGCACCGGUUUCCAGCACGGCACCGGAGAAGAAGCCGACGGUGACGGAACCUCCAGCAGCGAAACCUACCGCUGCCGCCCCAGUCUCCAAGCCGGUUCCCGAGCCAGUCGCCCCAGCCUCCAAACCGGUGCCUGAGCCAGUCGCCCCAGCCUCCAAGCCAGUCGCUCCAGCAUCCAAGCCGGUUCCCGAGCCAGUCGCCCCAACCUCCAAACCGGUACCUGAGCCAGUCGCCCCAGCCCCAGCCCCCGUCACCGUCACCGUUUCAAAGGCGACGCCCACCACUGCUGUGCCUAAACCAGCAGAACCCAUCAAGCAGCCAGCUGUGACGGAGGCGAACGUACCCAGCAAGGAGCCGGUGGUGUCCACUACCCGCGUCCAGCCCACCACCGCCGCCCCUCCCAAAGCUUCCUCAGCCCAGUCCACUUCCCCGGUGUUCGGCAAAACGACUACAGCUUCCGAGCCUUACGGACCGACCACCAUUCCCAGCAAAACGACGGCGACGGCGCCUGAGCCCUACGGCUACACCACGGCCAUGGGCAGGACCACCUUCGCUCCCGAGUCCGGAAGUGCUGCAGGGAAGGGAACGACGGGAUCGAGGCUCAACAAACCCACAGCAUAAGUCUUCAUCAGGCUAGUGGCAUGCAGAUGAGGAUAGCCCGGGAGCUGGACAGUCACGUGGGGUCGUUACAUGAGGUCAGAGGUAAUACCAUCCAGUGAGGCGGAUCAAGGAUUCACUAAAACUUUAAAGAGCUCCGGGUUAAACUACACCUUCAACCGCAGUGCAGCUUAUGGGGUAUACAUCUUGAGGACUACCGACGCAAUGGUUGCUGCUUAUUUCGGUUAUUUUCUGUCUCAUCUUGUGACCGGAAGUGGCGAACCAGUUCUCACAUUCUGCCAUCAAUCAGUCCGAGCAGACCUGGGAGAAUCCUGCCUGUGUUCCGAACCUAACAAAGGCAUCAAAACAUUUUCUGAAAACAAAACAUUUUCUCCGCCAUCUUUGUUCAGAACAAAGGCACUGAGAUGCCGCCUCAAAUUGCAGACAGAAAAUGAAUAGCUAGGUGAAGGAAUAAGACCUGUAGUGAGUGAUCCACUGGUCAAAUCUGCAUGCCAACCUAUAUAUAUAUAAUGUCUUUAUGUUUAGGUUUUCUUUGGAAAAGCCAGUAGCCUUCUGGCAUUGUGUAAUAUUGGGAAGGCGACACAAAACUUGUCUAAAAUAAAUACACGUUGAUAUUUAUAAGUAUUAUUUUCACAUUUUAUAAUUGAUUUUGAUUUUUCAGUUUUAAGCACAGUCAACAUGUGAAUGAUAAUUGAGGAAAUUCGCUGAUUCCUGACUUUUCGGAAGAAAUUUUUGCUGCUGUUAAAACUCAUUUCUUGGAAACAUCGUUGGGGCGAUGAGCGAUAUUCAGUUUUGUAAAAUCCUGAGAUGUAACAUCCAUCCACUCAUGUGAUUUACAUGUGACAACUUAGAGGAGAUGAACAGCAAUUAAAGAAAACAAAAUUCA